AACGCAACUUGCAUUGGCGAAUCACACGAAUUAGAAAAAUAGUGGCAACAUGAGUGAGCAAAAAGAUCAGAAGCCGAAAGCAGAAUUAGGCCUUUUAGAAGAAGACGACGAGUUUGAAGAAUUCCCAGCUGAAGAAUGGAAGGAUGACAAAGAGGACAAAGAAGAUGUUAAUGUUUGGGAGGACAAUUGGGAUGAUGAUAAUGUGGAUGAUGACUUCAGCAUCCAACUCAGAGCCGAGUUAGAAAAGCAGGGGAAAGCAGUUGAUAUUCCAGAACCAAUGAAGACAUAACGAAAUACAACCAGGAACCCCUCACCAUUUAUUAUAUUCAUUGUCUCGUAUUUUGUUUUCUUGUUCAUUAAAAACUAGAAAAUCUUCAAUUUUAGUCUGAAUUUAUGUUUUGUAUUAGCUCCUUCACGAAUAAAGUGCUCUGUUAGCUUAUGGUAUGUACAUGUAUGCUUGUAAUGUGUCCCAUCAGCAAUCUGACCAUAAUUUGAUCAGAUCACAUUUGAUGAAAUAAUUUCUCAUCCAAGUUCCAAAAAGGUUAGAACUACAAAGUCAAAUAGGGACACUUUUAGCCUAAUUGCUUUAAAAAUUGUUGAUUAUUUGUUUUUCAUAAUUUCUCAUAAAAGUUCCAAAAUGGUUCUGGUAUGUAGAAAUGGCUAACAUUUUACUCUAAUACAUGGCUGUAGUGAAACAUUGUGAUCACUAGAUUUGACAUAUUUUGCAUACUCAUAAUGAAACUUGCCACAAAUAAUUUUUUAACAAUAAAUCAACUGCAGAUGGAAAAUGGCUCUGAUUUGUUGAAAAUCAUGGCCCCUAAGAGACAAUGCAGUUAUUCUUAUGUCAAAAGUUUAAAAAAAGACAACUGUAGUAGUCUCAUUUUUGACCCACCAAUUACAAAACUUGCUUAGAACAUUGAACAAUUGUGUUCUUAUAUAUAUUCAGAGUUAGAAAAUAAUCCUGUUUCUUUGAACAAUUUGGCUAACUUGGCUGCCAGGGGAAGGGGAAGUUUUUAUGCCCCCGGUAGGGUGACAUAUAGCAUUUGACCUGUCCGUCCGUCCGAAAACUUUAACAUUGGCCAUAACUUUUGCAAUAUUGAAGAUAGCAACUAGAUAUUUGGCAUGCAUGUGUAUCUGCACAUUUUUAGUGGUGAAAGGUCAAGGUAAUCCUUCAAGGUCACAAGUCAAAAAAUACAAUCCAAGGUAAGUAAUUAGCUUGAAAAGGGUGAUAAUUUCUAAACCUGCCAAAUGAUAUAUUUAAAUUUUAUUUCAUAGCGGCGCAAUAGGGGGCAUUGUAUUUCUGACAAACACAUCUCUUGUUGUUGUACAUAUUUAAUAAACUGUGAUGACAUCCUUCCAA